CAUCCAAAUUCCAAUUGCAAGAAGAGGCUUUCAAAUUGCUUCUGGGCCGCACCUGAGAGUAACCACGUCGAGCGUCUAUAAACCAAAGCAUCAUCGCCCAAAUGUUCUUCGCCCUUUGUCCCAAAGAAACAAAUGCCCUCGACUGUUUUUAAGUUCGAAAUUCAACCCCUUUUUUUGGGUUUUCUUAUUGCCUGGGAUUGGAGUAAUUGCUUUGCUUUGAUUUGUACCUAUGAAGACUGAAGAGGUUUUUCUGGCAGAAUAUUUCCUACCGCCAUGGAUAGCAGCAGUAAGCCAGUGACCGUCAGUUGUGAAAAUGGUAAGAAAACUUACCCUAGCUGCAAUGGUUUAUCCUAUACCAGGCAAUUUUAUUUGGAUGGUUCAGAUCUUUUUAGAAUGCCGAGAACUGCAUAUUUUCUGAAGGCAGAGAAUCAGCUAGGGCUUUAAGUUUUCCUGUAGAAAUUGUUCAUCAUCAACCUCUAACAUGAUUCAACUCUGCAAUUUGAAGACCUUCAGAUUGGUUCACUCAAUAUUUUCUUGUACAUUUGCUUCCAAAACAAACAGAGUGUUGGUUGGAGAUCCAAAACCCUCACAUUUUUCUCUUCAGAGUCAGUUGAUCUGCAGACGCAUCACGUCAGAAAUCUCAGAAAACCAACACAAUUUCACAGUCACUUACCUCAUAAACACUUGCGGGUUGUCCCCAGAAGGAGCGAUUUCAGCUUGUAAGCGGGUCGAGUUGAAGUCACCAGAAAGAGCAGACUCCGUUUUAGAGCUUCUGAGAAACUAUGGAGCAUCUCAAACCCAGAUAUCAAAGCUUAUUAGGUCACAUCCAAAACUUCUUUCAGCUGAUCCUGAGAAAACCCUUUUGCCAAAGCUUGAGUUUUUCAGCUCUCUUGAAAUUUCAAAGGUGGACCUUAUAAAAACUCUGACUUUUAAUCCACAGCUUUUGGCAGCCAGCUUGAGAAAUCGGAUUUUGCCCACUUAUAACUUCCUCAGGAGUAUGCUCUCUGAGAAAAAUGUUGUUGCUGUUUUAAAACGCAACUCAUGGAUUUUCUUGGAAAGUCACCGCAAGCAUGUUGUUCCAAAUAUUGGGCUUUUGAGAGAAUCGGGUAUGCCUCAACCAUGCAUUUCUUUGUUGUUAGCUCACUGUACUCCCUCUUUGAUGGUAAAUCCUGAAAAAUUUGGUCAACUUGUGGGUGAGGUUAAGGAAAUGGGAUUUAAUCUGGAAAAAUCAACUUCAGUGAAUGCCCUGUGUGCAUUGUGUGGUAAGAAUAAGUUGGUAUUGAAUAGAAGUCGUGAAGUUCUUAAGACAUGGGGUUGGUCUGAGGAUGAUUUUCUCUCCGCUUUCAGGAAGAACCCGCUGUCUAUGAUUGUCUCGGAGAAGAAACUUAUGCAAGCAAUGGAUCUUUUAGUGAACAAGAUGGGAUGGUCGUCAGGAAUGAUUGCCAAAUAUCCUGUGGUCCUCGGUCUCAGUAUAGAGAAGAGACUUAUCCCAAGGUGCUCUGUUGUUAAAGUUCUGUUGUCGAAAGGUUUCAUAAAUGGGAACUUGAAUCUGGGUUCUCUGCUGAAACCGGCAGAGAAGCAGUUCUUGGAGAGUUUUGUGAACGGAUAUCUUGGCAAAGUACCUGAACUGUUAAGUGUGUAUCAAGGGAAGGUAGAUAUCCAGGAUGUCUGAUCUGAUAUGUUGAAACCGGUGAGGAUGUAAUUAUUUUAGCCACCUGAUGCUGCAUCACUCAUAUGCAUUAGCUUGCUUUUGGCACAAUACUAUAAUGCUGUCCUCUACCCUGGAAAUUGUCUUUAAAGUAAGGUUUAAAUUGUAUCCCACAUCUUACUAAACUUUUGCAGGAAGUAAAUUCAGUUUUUCUUUCUUCUACUCGGCAGCCUACCAUAGAUUUUUAAUUAGAUUUAUAUAAUGCUUUCUUAUUAGAACAAAUGCCUGCCAUAGCAUCGCCCAAAUUGUUCUGUUUAUGGUUCCCGACUUUGGUUACCCUUGAAAGUUGAUUUUGUACAAUGUGCACAUGUAUUGCUUCUAUUAGGGUAUAAUGUAUUGUAUUUUGGGUGAGGAGUGGAAGAAACUAAUUUCUGUCCAUUUUUCAAAAGAUAAGAAUGACUGUAGGAUUCGUAUGGGUCACGCACGGGCUGUCCCAGCUCGGCAGUUCAUUCGGUGACUUCGCGGUCGCCAAAUGAAUUGGGACCCUGUGUUGAUGAUCUACUAGUUGAUUCAAGAUCCGGGUGAUUUUCCCCAUUUAACUAGUGCCGAAAUCAGUCGGGAAUCCGAAAUGACGGCACAGCACAAGCCGCCGUACCUCCGGAGGCUCCGCUUUGCCUCAGAUCCACUCAGGUUUCGUCCCGAACAUCUCCUUGACCUAUCCUCUUUGAUUCUGAUUAUGGGGCAUUCAAUGCACUUGAUGUAGACCAGAAAGAAGAGGCUACCCGUGGGCUGGGAGAGUAGCUGCCUCUUCACUCUCCUUCAGCCGAUUCAGAUACCGAAGCAUCUCUCUUGAAGAGAGGAGCAAAAGCUCUAUCUUUGACUCAGGAGGGCGUUCCACCACAUCGACUGAUGCGGCGCGGUUCCCUCGUUGUGAAAGAAGUAAUGAAAGUGAAGCCCCAGGUCAAUCUUUGAGUAAUUGUCCUCUGAGAUGCAGCUAGCCUACUUAAGCGGCCACGGUUCGUUUAUAGGAACUACUUCAGUGUCAAUGAUUGAUUAGUUUUAUAUGGAAUCAUGUCAACAUGGCAUCAAAGGAAUCGAUAAGCAUCAUUUUCUCA